GGGCGACGCGUGGGCGCAGGCGGCCGCCGUCGCGCUGGAGCGGUGCCGGCAUGGGCGGAUGUGUCCCCGCCGCGGGCGCCGUGGACCUCGAGCUCGGCGGCCAGCCGCGCCCCCUCACGCUCCGAGGCGACAUGCAGGUCGGAGACGUGAUCAGGACGCUGCUCGCCACCAACGUCGUCUGCGUGGACAGCGAGGGCGAGCAGUCCUUCCAGAUCAGCGUGGCCCCCGCAAGCCCAGAGUCUGGCGUGGUGACCGUGGAAGGCGCCCCGGCGUCGCCGAGCGGCGGCAGCGGGCCCUUCUGCAUCCUGCUGGAGGACCUGCUGGAGGCGCCGCGGAAGAUGCCGCUGGAGUGCCUCGUCAGCGACAGCAACGAGGAGUGCCAGCUCUACGAGGACACGCCCGAGCCCUACAUCGACCGGGAGCCAUCGUCGGAGCUGAUGAGCCGCCUGCCCUGGCUGGUGGGGCUGCUCCUGUUCCUGACGGUCUCCUCUGCCAUCCUCGAGUUCUACGACGCGGUGCUGCAGCGGCAUCUGGUCAUCGCCUUCUACCUCACCGCCCUGGUGGGCUGUGGCGGCAACUCCGGCUCCCAGGCCGCCUCGCUGAUCCUGCAGGCCCUGGCCACCGGGGAGCUGCGGCCCACCGUGGCGGACGUGCUCCGGGUGGCCGAGAAGGAGCUGCUCGUCGGCCUCGGGGCCGCGGUCGCGCUGUCCCUGGGGGUGGUGGCCCGGAUGAUCUUCUUCGGGAGCCCGCUCGAGGACGCCGCCAUCAUCGCCAUCGCCAUGGCGUUCACGGUGCUGUUCUCCGUCCUGUUCGGCGCCCUGACGCCCCUGCUCCUGAAGCGGCUCGGCUUCGACCCGGCGAAGGUGAGCGGGCCGCUGCUGUCCACCACGAUCGACAUCUUCGGGGUGCUGGCGGCGUGCAUCUCCGCGCAGCUGCUGGAGAGCGUCGGCUACCUGCACUGAGGGGCCCCCGCCUCCUCGUGCUCUGGAUCGGAUCGAAUCGGGUUGGCCAGCGGCUCGUUCCCCGCGCGCCCCCAGCUGGGCCGCCGCCGAGUUCCCUGCCGCGGCUCCGGCUUCCCCCCCCGCUCGGGGGCGCGGGCGGCACGCGCGGCCAGCGCUGGCGGCCCCGGGGGCAGCGCGACCGCCCGGAGGGGGGGUCGUGCCGGCCCGCCUUUUUGCCGCCGUCUGGCGCGGCGGUGCUUCCAGCCAAGACCUGCUCGCGUCGUGAAG